AGGAACACAAACAAAAAGAGAUUCAUUCAAAGAAGAAUAAUAUAUGGCAAACCACAUGAUCUCUAGUAAAUUAAAUGCAGUUACUCCAACUUAUGUCUUACCAAUGCAUGAAAGGCCACUAGCUCCAGUUCCCAUUGACAAAGAAAUUCCAGUAAUUGAUUUGGGCGAAGAACGAGCUGUUGCCGCUCAACAACUUGUGAAAGCAUUGGAACAAUAUGGCUUUUUUCAGGUAAUUAAUCACGGGAUACCGGAUGAUUUAAUGGACGAGGCAAUGGAAGUCUACGAAGAGUUUUUCAAUUUGCCAGUGAAAGAGAAAGAAAAUUAUGCAGAAAAAGAAGAAACACUCUACACCAACAAUCCCAAGCAUCAUGCUUCAAAGGAGCAUAAAUACUGGAAGGAAGUCUUGGAACACAACUGCAAUAUUGAUGGACAAGAUAAACAAACUUGGCCAAGUAACCCUCCAACAUUUAGGGAGGUUAUUGGUGCAUAUUCUUCUGAAGUUAGAAAGUUGAGCAUGAUAAUCUUCGAUUUGGUAAGCGAAGGACUAGGCUUGGAGGCUGGGUACUUUGGCAAAGGUCAUGGGCAGAGAAUGUUUGUCAAUCACUAUCCAAUAUGCCCAGAUCCAAGUUCAACUUUGGGAACUGGUGGACAUUGUGAUCCUAAUCUCAUAACCAUUUGCCAACAACAAGUAUAUGGCCUUCAAAUACUCAAGAAUGAUGAAUGGAUUGGUGUGGAACCUCUACCACAUGCAUUUGUUGUUAAUUUUGGUUUCCCAAUAACGGUAAUGACCAAUGGAAAGUUGAAAAGUGUUGCACAUCGAGUGGUGACAAAUAAAACUCAAGCACGUACCGCCAUCGGUACUUAUUUUUGUCCAGCAAAUGUGGUCGAGCCAGCAAAAUCAUUUGUUGGUCCGGAGAAUCCGCCACUGUUCAAACCCUUCAAAUGGGGCACUGAGUUUUUGCCACAUUACUUCAAAAACAGAGCAGUAUACCACGCAGCAUUGGAGGCUUUCAAAAUCAAUGCUUAAUAAGAGUUGUUAAUUUCCACCAAAAUAAGAUGAGAGAGUCCCUACUUAUACUACUUUGAAUAUCCACCAAAAUAAGAGCUUUUAAUUAAUUUACAAUUCCUAUAUAAUUUGUACCUAGGUUUGAAUCGAGCUUGUUAUUCAUUCAUGAAUAAGAAGCUUUGGUUCCUUCCAAUUUGUGGGUUGUAUCUUGACUUAUUAUUGCCUCAAUAAUAAAAUCUUUUUAGACUUUCUUCAUUUUAA